AUUCUCACCGUCCGUGCGUCCGUCGGCCACGCUAAUCUGCUUUAAGGGGAGAAGCUUGCACACACAGACUCUGAUAAACAGAGGGGAACGGGCUGCUGUCCACUGUACGGGAGCCCACAGCAUCACACAGUGUUUGUGGAUACCAAGCUGCUGAGUGACCUGUUGUUGAGCCUCUCAACACUAUUGAAGUGAAAAGAGAGAACAAACUCUAGUACAAAUGUUAUGAGUUGGAGUCACCUGUCUUUUGCGUUAGACAGAUGUGAUGCUCCUGGCAUGAGUGAAUGGCCCCUUACAUAGCAGACAUGUCAUCAGAGGAACCCCUGGGUCCGUGGGUGCCCAACCCUGUGGGGGAGGUCAAGGUACUGCCUGAACACGGGCUGGAGGAGCAACUCAACAGCUGCAACCAAGAAGUAACGCACUAUCACACAUGUGACAUGGCCACUGAGGAAUGUGCAGCAAUCCCUGACAGUCUGUGCAGCGACGAGCCGUUUUGUAGGAUCUGCCAUGAAGGCAGUGGAUCAGAGGAGCUGCUGUCCCCCUGCGAGUGUUGCGGUAGCUUGGCCAUGGUGCACCGCACGUGCCUGGAGCACUGGCUCACCGCCUCCAACAGCAGCCACUGUGAACUCUGCCACCACCAGUUUGCACUGGAGCGCCUGCCAAAACCUCUUACUGAGUGGCUGUGCGCUCCCUCCGUGCAGCAGCAGCGGAGGACGCUGUGUGGCGAUGUGGUGUGCUUCCUGUUCAUCACGCCGCUGGCCAGCCUGUCAGGAUGGCUGUGUGUCCAGGGAGCCAUGGACCUGUACUAUACCAACACCAUGGAGGCCCUGGGGCUGCUGGUCCUCACGCUGGCCCUCUUCACCAUAUACGUCUUCUGGACCAUGGUCUCUGUGCGCUACCACAUGCAUCUGUUCCAGACGUGGAAGAAGACGGACCAGAGAGUGCGACUGCAGAUUCCCUUGCCCCCCCAUACCACACUGACCCAACAGACCCUGUCCAUAAACCUCCUCAGCAAAGCCCCCAACAAAGAGACUAUGGUGUAGUAGACUACAGUCUACACUACUGAACAUACCUCAGAUAGAAGGGAAGAGGGGAACCAAACUCAGGACAAACUCAUGCCCCAAUCCUGACAUAACAGCAGAGUUAAAGCCAGGGUCGGAAGACUCCUUCCAGAGCUGGAGGACUGUUACACCAGCCUCUGGAACUUUUUCUGGAACAAUUGAGUCAAAGGAGCAAAGACUAACUCCCACCCCUCAGAACCUUUGACUCAUCUUACAGCGAUAAAAUGUGAAAUUGUCCCAAAAUCAGAAGAGUCAUUCUGGCAACUGUGGACAUGUUCGGUAUCUUUUCUGAGUCUACCGUGACAAUCGGACGGUAUCAUCGCUUCCUGAAGACAACGAAGCGUCCUGGACUCUGACAAUCCAGUUUUUCCUCUUCGUGGAAUAAGUUCAUGAAGACAAAUCUGUUGCAACUUGGCACUUCUAAUAUCUACAAUGCCAGUGUGUUUAACUUAUUACUAAAAAGUCUAGUUUUGUAGCUCUUCAGCUGUUCAGAUUUGAGUCAUUCUAUCACGCACAAACUAUUCAAUUAGGCUUUGCUCAUUAUUCAUGCCACAGCUGAUUGUAGCGUUUAUACUGCGUUCCAUUUACCUCAGAAGUCGGAAAUGGGAAUGACGUUAUACCCGAGCUGACCGCAGUUACAACUAAAGAUGGUCCCAUACCAUUUUUUUGCUUCCCGAUACCGAUACCUGAACUUGCGUAUCAGCCGAUACCGAGGACUGAUCCUAUACCAGUAUGGAUGUGAUAUGAUUUCUAUCAUUUUUGUACCGUCUGGCUCGGGUUAAACCUUUUGUGAAACAGGAACAAACAAUGAAUGCCGUAGAAUUUUUAUUUUACUAUCCAGUUUGACAGUCAGUCAUAACGGAAAAAGAACAUAAAUAAAUUACUUCUAAGUAGCUUUUCUUAAAGGUCUAAAUUACAUGGUAUCAGAUCGAUGCAUAGAGAUCUAGAGUUCCAAUACUGAUACCAGCAUUUUAGGCAGUAUCGGAGGCUUUUCCAAUACUGGUAUCGGUACAUCUCUAGUUACAAGUAGGAAAAACUGGAGUAAAAGGGGACUCCCGCCCCGUUAGCUAUUGUUGGCAAUACCAGUUGAGAGCAACACACUACGCUGUACUUUGUGCAGUCAAACCCCAUAGCGACAUGUCCACAGAUAGAAGCUGGACAGGACUGUGUGUGUACGACUGAUUUAAUAAGACAGAAGUGCUCAAACUGUAUACAACUACAGCUUUUACUACUGUUAAAAGCUCAGAGCAGCCAUGUUGGAUUGUGGUGUCGGAGUUGGUGAGGUUCUCCCUACUUUCCGAGUUGAGAGCGAUGCGAUGAAAUCUUUCCAGAAACCGUGUCCCUUAUAUCCACUGACCUCAUUGUUGACGUUUCAUUGAACUACUUUCUGAAGUAGUCCCUAUGAAAAUUAGUAAUUAUUUCAUUGAUAGGAAGGUUGCCGACCAUCUGUUUCUUCUUAUUUUUUGGCACUCU